ACGACGCCUCGCCAUCAGAUCUCAACGUCUCGCCGAUAAUGUCUUGUCGACAGAUCUCGACGCCUCAUUGACGAUGCCUUGUCAUAGAUAUCUCAAUCGCUGGCCAUGCUUGCUCAUCUGAAUCGUCAAGGCGCAGAGCCUCAUCCUCAAGUUUGACAUCAUAAUCCGUUGUUGCCACCAUCCUCGCGUCUUGAAGCCUCAACGACCUGCGACGGAGGCUUAAAGCGUUGCUGACAAAUGCUAAUAUGAUCGGAUUUGCAGUAGUCCUCGUCAAGUCAGCGCCCUCCUCCAAUCCAACAAUCAUCGCCGAUCGGGCCACCUCCGUCCUAGCCAAGUCCUAUGUCGAAGGCUCCAAGGUCAACGACCUGACCUUGCUCGAGUUUAGCUUUUGUUGCCUUGCAGGAAAUCGCCCGAAUUCUCAUAGUAGUAUCUUUUGGUGCUUGUGGUAGUAGCCUUUGGUGCUUGUGGCAGUAUCUUUUCUGACUUCGCCGAAAGUUGUUGGAGACCUUGCUGGAGCUGGCUAAAAGUCGCCGGAGAUGGAUGGAGACUUUUUAGACUUUUCUGAGUGUGGCCGGAAAAGUUGAGACCCGCCAGAGUUUAACUGUAAACAGCCGAGACUCGCCAGACCUUACCUGAGAUUGGCUGGAGACUUCGCCAGAGAUAAGAGUGUGGUGGUUUUGGUGUUUUUUAAAAUCUAUUGACAGUUGUAACUUUCAUUUUCCGGUCAGACAGAAAAAAGAAGCCAACUUUUGAAACAAGUGAGAAGCCGAUAACUGGUUGGGACUUGAGAGUUGGGACUAGGGAUGCUCUGCUGUAAUGGUAGAACUCCAUAGCUGUUUGACGAGUUGUUACAGAGUGGCAAGCCAUUUCGACACAAUUCUUGAAGCAACCCAAGUGGGAAAUUUGAAAGACCAGUAUAUUCUGGGUGAGCAAUUGGGAUGGGGGCAGUUUGGUGUAAUUAGAGGAUGUUCUGAUAAGUUAACAGGUGAGGUGUUGGCUUGUAAAUCUAUUGCCAAAGAUAGAUUGGUCACAUAUGACGAUGCACGCAGCAUCAAGCUCGAGAUUGAGAUAAUGUCUAGGUUGUCUGGGCAUCCAAAUGUUGUAAGUCUCAAGGCAGUUUAUGAGGAUGAACAUUUUGUGCAUUUGUUGAUGGAAUUAUGUGCUGGGGGAGAGCUUUUUCACCGGCUUGAGAAGCAAGGAAGAUACUCAGAAACUGAUGCUCGGGUCAUUUUUAGGCAUCUGAUGCAUGUUGUUAAAUAUUGUCAUGCGAAUGGUGUUGUUCAUAGAGAUUUGAAGCCAGAAAACAUUCUUUUGGCUACAACAUCUUCAUCCUCACCAAUUAAGUUGGCAGAUUUUGGUCUUGCAACCUAUAUUAAACCUGGGCAGAAAUUGCAUGGCAUAGUCGGAAGUCCAUUUUACAUAGCUCCUGAGGUACUUACCGGAGGUUAUAACCAGUCUGCUGAUGUCUGGAGUGCUGGAGUUAUUCUUUACAUUCUUCUAAGUGGCGUGCCUCCAUUUUGGGGAAAGACCAAGUCGAGUAUAUUUGAUGCUGUUAGGGCCACAGAUCUGUGGUUCCCUCCCAUUCCUUGGGGUCACAUAUCUGCUUCUGCCAAGCAGUUGAUUGCUGAAAUGCUAUAUGUUGAUCCUUCCAGGAGGCUUACAUCUGCACAGGUUCUAGCGCACCCAUGGAUGGAAGACUGUGCACAAGGACAUGAAGAACUGUACAAUCAGAACAACCGUGUCCUCAGACAGCUGCAACUGAAUGAAGAUUCAUUCUCUAUUUCACAUGUUGACAGGAAUCGAGAUUUUAGCUUCAGUGAGGGGUCACCAACAACUGCAGAUGGGAAACUGUGGCACUCACCUGCAUUCACAUGUAAAUCAUAUUUUUCCUCUUUCCUAGACGAGAACAGCAAUCCUUGCCAUGCAUCUGUGUGCUUUUCUUUCCGCAGCUGCACCUGUGAGUCAAGUCCAACUGAGUUUUCUUCUCCAAUUCCGUCAAUGCCUAGCUUUACCUUCUUCAGUCCAAGUUCUGCUGCAGAAGAAGAAAACAUCCUGUUGAGGUUUAAAGCCAAGAUGUCGUCUUUGGAUCCAACUAGUAAAGAGUCAAAUGUGGAGAAGCUACUUGAGCUGGAUUGCUCACCAGCUAAGUGUGAUGAUGGAGACCUAGAACGCAAAGAGUUUCGGAGAGGUGGAACAAAUGUGCUGUCUAGGGUUGCCGGAAUUCACAGCAAACGGAAUCAUACGAUCGGACUUGGUGAGCUUGAUCAGCUAAAUCUCAUUGUAACCAAAUCAGUCAUACGUUGGGCAUCAUGCACUCAUAUUCCUACAGUCCCAUCUCUUAGACUGUCACUGGUCUGCUGAAGUUUUCCUGCGCAGCCAGGGAAAAUAUUAUACAGUAGUUUCAUGAUGGAAACAUAUUUAUACAGUACUUGUAUACACAAAAAAAUUCGAUUGUAGGACUAGUCAUUUGAAGAGCGGAACUCUGAUGUUUGCGCAGGCCUUGUUUUCCAUAAUAUUGGUGGUGUAAAUUUUAAUUAUUUUUUGAG